AAUGUGUCAAAUUAGAUGAGUCGAACUUGAACUACUCAGUUAAUACGGCUAUUGGUAACUUUACCUUAUUUUCUUACGCUUUUCAAUACUUCUGUCAGAAUUCUCGGAAAACUCCUAACGUGUUACAUUCGCCUUCACUUUCGAGGUGCUCAACGAAAUCUUUCAUUCAAAAUGGAUCAAAUAGACCAAUAUUUCGAUGUCGCCUUAUCACUGGUUAAAUCGGCUGGAAGCCUUAUAAGUGAACAUGUAAACGGAUGUACAGUGUUCGAGAAGAAGUCCUGUGAUAUUGACCUUGUUACUGAAAUAGAUAAAAAGGUUGAGGAAACGCUUAUUGGCGGUUUAUCCAAACAAUUCCCAACGCAUAAGUUUAUUGGUGAGGAAUCGGUUUCUAGCGGAGCGAAGUGCGAGCUGACUGACGCUCCCACUUGGAUCAUCGACCCAGUGGACGGUACACUCAAUUUUGUCCAUGGUUUUCCUCAGUGUUGCAUAUCAGUUGGUCUCGCUAUCAACAAGGAGUGCGUCGCUGGUAUUAUUUACAACCCUAACUUGGGCCAGCUCUUCACUGCCAAGAAGGGUCAGGGAGCAUUCCUGAAUGGCAGACAGAUACAUGUAUCUCAAGUGACAGAGCUGCGUAAUGCUUUAGUUGCUUUUGAAGCCGGCACAAGUCGUGAUGAAGAGAGAUGUAGAAUUGUUUUUGAGAAUUACAAGCUUAUUGUGAACAAUGGUCAUGGCUUACGUUCGUUGGGCUCUGCUGCGUUGAAUAUGGCGAUGGUGGCAAUGGGUGGGGCUGAUGCCAACUUUGAAUUUGGAAUCCAUGCUUGGGAUAUUGCUGCGGGAGACAUUUUGGUGAGAGAGGCUGGAGGAGUAUGCAUAGACCCUGCUGGGGGACCUCUGGACCUAUUAUCGCGCCGAGUACUUUGUGCUAGCACUGCUGAGUUGGCUCAGGAGCUGUCCAAGACCCUGGUGCAGUUCUACCCAGAGAGGGAUUAAGUAAAUCAAAAGUAUAGAUGUGGUUUGUGAUUUGUGUAUGUAUGUUCAAAGUACCUAGCUGUUAAAUGUAACCUGUAAUGUAUACCUUAUACUGUAACCUGAAGAAAGUACCUCUUAAGUAACAUAAUAUAUUAAUGUUAUAAACAUUAUGGUAUACCAAAUGUACUUAAUAUUCAAGCAUCAAUUGUGAUUUGUUUUCAUUAUAAUUCUUGGAACCAGUGAAAGGCAUAUUGUGUCCGGCACAUAAUAUAAUCAAUGUGCUUCGCGAUUAUAGUACCUUUAUAACACUGGCUUUUAUAAUAGUUACUUAGAAUUUUCCUUUUUUUAAACUGAAUGAUUUUUUCUGCCAAAGAAUAUUAUUUAAAGAUUUUAAAUUAAAACAAUUUUUUAUAUUAUUUUUAAAUUAUUUUAUUCACAUUGUAAUUGUUACAAGGGAAAAGUAUACUAUGAAGUUAUUAAAAUGUUGAUGAUUAAUGUAAAAGUGUAUUUAGUUGUUUGUACUUAUUAAAUGUUUAUAGAAAAUGUAAAAAUAAGUGAAAUUAUUAUUGUUAUGCCAGUUGUACUAUAGUAUAUAGUUGUACUGUAGUAUAACUAUAAGUAAUUACAUCUCUUCUGAUUAAUAUUUAUGAUCAAUUUAAUACAAAGCUAAUGAGAUUGCAUUUACUGGUGAACUUCAAUAAUUUUCUUUUACCAGUGCCUACUGAGUUUCUCAAAAACAUUUUCGAGUUUAUUAUCAUUUUCAUAGAUACAUUUUUAGUAGCAAAUAAUCAAAUUUCUUAUUGUGACAAUAUCACAAAUAAAUUAAAAUUACAAUAAUGUUGAAAAAAUAUUUUUAUUACAUAAACUAUAGGUAAUUAAAAAUAAACUUAAAGUAUAAAAUCAAACAGUCUUUAGUCGUAUUUAGCAAAUAUGUCAGUCAUAUUGUCAUACUUAAAUAACUUGUCAUGACGAGAUCCAGUUAUAAAAAUGUCAUAGUCUUUAGUCAAUGUUAUUGUCAUAAAACAACAUUUUAUGUACCUACUUAUAAGUGAAGAAUAAAUAAAUGAAAUAUAUUUUGUUCA